AUGGCUCAAACUUUGACACAGGUGCGGGAAUGGAAUGCAGGUUUACAGGCUCUCAAGCCGGAAAUGGUGGCUGUCUUUGUUGAAGCGACCAGCGGCAUCGGAAAACAAUCAGCCAUUAAAUUGGCUAGCGCGGUUGACGAGCCCGUUAUUCACAUUAUCGGCCGCAAUGAAGUCGCCGGUGCUCAAGUCAUUGAAGCUAUGAAAAUUGCCAAUCCAAGGGGUACUUACAGCUUCAAAUCUGUGGAUGUUUCCAAUCUUCGCCUCGUCGAUAAGGCUUGCAACGAGCUCAAAAGUCAAUUUGAAACUGAUUCUGGGAUCGAUCAAAACCAUAUGUUGCGAUACUAUUCUCGCAUGAGAUUCAUUGUCAAUCUCUUACCUGCCCUUCAAGCUUCUAGAAAUUCCCGCGUAAUUAGCAUCCUGGCUGCUGGUAAAGAAAUCAUGAUCGAAGAGGACAACUUGGACCUGGAGAAAUUCUCUCUUUCUGCUGGCAACGGCUACCCAGCAUCGAUGACCUCCCUCGCUUUUGAAAAACUCGCUGCCCAGAAUCCAUCAAUCAGCUUCCUCCACGUCUUCCCAGGUAUCAUGGCCACCCCUCUCAUGAAGACCAGCGUUGGAUUUUUGAUGGGUGCAGUGAUUGGAUUUUUGUUGAAACCGAUCUCCAUCUCGGUGAGGAGAGUAGCGAAUGGAAUACCUGGCUAUCGACCUUCCCCAACUUCGCACCCACGAACUCAGGUCAAGGUACCUAUAUUCUUAACCACAAUGGAAAGGAUGCAACGAAACAAGCGCUCAUGGCUGAGCUCCGAGGAAAGGGAUUUCCCGAAAUUGUCUGGCAGCACACCUAAACCACCUUCGACCGAAUUCUGGCGUGGGACUAGCUUUGCAUGA